AUGUCAGAUCCUAGUUCCAUCAACGGAGGUUCUGCCGUGGCCAUGGUAGGCAAGGAUUGUAUAGCCAUCGCCUGUGACUUACGUUUGGGUAACCAGUCGCUUGGGCUUGCCAACAACUUUGAGAAGAUCUUUCAGUUUGGUGACAAGACGUUUUUGGGCUUGACAGGGUUAGCCUCCGAUGUCACUACGUUGUCGGAAGUAUUCCGGUUCAAGAAUAAUCUCUAUAAGUUACGAGAAGAAAGACAAAUCGAACCAAAAACGUUGGCCAACUUGGUCAGUUCCACAUUAUAUGAAAAGAGAUUCGGCCCUUACUUUAUUGGACCCAUAGUUGCUGGUUUAGACUCUAAGACGAGCAAGCCGUUCAUCUGCGGCUUCGACUUGAUCGGCUGUAUUGACUUUGCUAAGGAUUUCAUUGUCUCUGGAACUGCCACGGACCAGUUGUAUGGUAUGUGCGAAUCGCUUUACGAACCCAAUUUAGAGCCCGAGGAUUUGUUUGAGACGAUCAGUCAAGCGUUGUUGAACGCCGUAGAUAGAGAUGCAUUGUCUGGUUGGGGUGCUAUUGUCUAUGUGGUUACUAAGGAUAAGGUUGUUAAGAGAGUGUUGAGAACUCGUCAAGAUUAG